AUGCUUUCUACCAUGAUCCUUCUGGGUAUCUUGUUUGGCAUGCUGACCCAGGCGUACGCUCUACCUGUAAAGAAUUCUACCGGAGUAAAUGAGGGAAAAGUGAGGUUGAAGAGGAAAUACUCAGAUGAAAUUAUAGAGCGUGAUGAAAUGAAUGUAAUGGAUCAAAUCCUGGAAGUCAAUCGCUUGUUGCGAGCCCCCCGCGGACUGGCAUUCAGAGAGGGAGAUAUUGCCACCUCAUAUGUACGGAGUGCCAUAACUUGCCCUGGCAAUGCCUGCCUGUGGCCUAAAUCGGUUGACGGAUUCGUUUAUGUACCCUUCCUGCUCUCUCCACUAUAUGACGACAUGGACAGAAUCACCAUAGAAACUGGGAUGCAAGACAUAUCCUCUGGAACAUGUAUUAAAUUUGUUCCUCGCACUCAUGAAGGCAGCUUCCUCGAUAUUCAGCCAAGAUAUGGCUGCUGGUCGUUUCUGGGGCAGACUGGGGGAAGCCAGACCCUGUCCCUGCAGACUCCUGGGUGCAUGUGGUCGGGAGUGGCUGCCCACGAGUUCAUGCACGCCCUCGGCUUUGUACAUGAGCAGUCUCGCUCAGACCGAGACCACUAUGUUUCAAUUGUAUGGAAAAACAUCAUGCCAGACCAAAUCCAUAACUUCAGGAAACAGGUGACAAACAAUCUCAAUAGUCCAUAUGACUACUACUCUGUCAUGCAUUAUGGAAGAUAUGCCUUCUCUGAAAAUGGUGGACCUACAAUUAUUCCCAGACCAGAUCCUUACGUUCCCAUUGGCCAGCGAGAUGGACCCAGUGCUCUAGAUCUUCAUAAAAUAAAUGUCCUGUAUGACUGUGGUGUCAAUGAGUAACUGGAGUGUUAUAUCCUUUUAUUAUGCCAUACUCUGUUAAAAUCUGCUCCCAGGUCAUGUCAGAUUAGGAAAACUGUUUAUUCUAACUUCUGGUUUUGAGUAGAUUACAUGGGCAGCAUUACUUUAUAGGAAUUUAAUUUUUGUAUAUAUUUUAAAUUAUUAUCACAAAUUCCAGUGUGUACUUUUACAUUGUGUUUAGUCAGUUCUAAGUACAGUCAACUGAUCUGUGAUAAAGAUGUCAUCAAGGUGAAAUAAACUGGCAAGUAAGAAUUGAAAGCUGCAUUUCUCGAAUAUAACUAAAAUCUGCACUGUGAUAAGUUUUUGCGUACCUGCCGCUGCCAAUUAGAUCACUGCA